CAUGACGUUGAUGAUCGUGACUGCAGCAGAAUUUUAGUCAUGAAUUCGCUCAAAACGACGUGAUCACGUGUUUCAGAAGAUCCACAAACCAAAGUUGUCGAAUGCACAAUCCUCUCUGUAAAGGUCCAGAAGGUGCUUGUGAGUACCAUCAAAGAAGUACAACCUUGCUUCCUUGUUGCCAACAGAAGUGUUAAAGCAAGACCAUGUGGAGACGACGACGACGGCACUCGGCUCCUCCCGAUCACCUCCCCUCCACUCCUCGACGCCACCGUUCCUCCGUGGCAUCUCAGAAUAGCAGUUUGAGCAGCCAUGCUCAUCAUCGUCCGUGUCACCAGCAGCAUCAGCCACAACAAUACCAUCAUCAUCAUCCAUGGGUGGUCAUGCCUCGACCACAAUGGCGACAGCAUCAAGAAGAAGAAGAAGAGGAAGACGAAUUUUGGACCAUUGACGAAAAGAGCAGCUUCCCAGCCACUUCAUCAUCCGUUCUGACCAACAAAAGUACAUGGCAAGAAGAAGCUCAUUGGAUGUCGUUUCAAAAUGCCGUGCUCAAGUUUACAUCGACGCUGAAAAUACACAAGGAAGACUCCUUGGAUGAUUCCUUUGUCGGCGAAGGAAGUACCAGUUUUGUUUCGGCAUCGGCCAUGAGCGUUUCGGACGACGAGGAUGAACCGCCUGUACGACACAUCAUUCAACAACCACAAGAAGCAGAGGAACCACAACAACUAUCAUCUUCUAUCGUGCUAGUGGGAAACAAUUUGGACGACGGAGCAGAAGAGAGUGGGUUGAACAGCAGCAACUUGAUUCUCAGUCAUCGCAAUGAAGAAGGAAUCGCUUUUACGGCUGCCAGUGGCGACAAUUCUGCCAGAUCCAACCAGUCUCAGAAAAGCAGUAGCAGACGGAGCCACAGCAGCACUGAGGCUAGCAGCAACAAACAAAAAACAAAAGAACAGCAAAAGAAGGGGGAUUCUUCGACAGCCUUGAUACAAUCCAUGGCAUCGGAGCUAUCCGAAACCAAGAUGCGCCUUGCAUUAGCACAAGCCGAACGGGAUGAGCUAGAGUUUGCCUUGCUCAUGGCAGGAAGGACCGAAUCUGGUUCUAGCUAGCUAGCUGGCUUGCCACAUGUACCUACCUUGAUACCUAGCUACCGUACUAUGCAACAAUCCACAAUCAAUUGUUUGCCAUGUUCCUUUGCAGGCGAUCCCAGAACAAACCAUGUGAAGCUAUCGAAUGUUCAAUCAUGUUGUGAAAUAAGAAUCCCAUAUACUAGUAGUACACGUACCAUUAAGAAGAACGUCUUCCUUGAAGUCAAGUCCACUGCCUCUGGUCUCGAUUCAGUGGACCUGUGAAAGCAACAUUGUUCUUGAUGGACUCAGUGCUAACCAAAGAUUUGUGUCUGAAGAAAGUGGUGGAUAGAUGUGGAAUGAAUAGAACCUUCCGUGGUACCAUGCUGUUGGCAUACCGGUACGGUAUAUCAAGGCUCGAACAACACUUACUAGGAAGGCAUUCUCAUUUAAAAGGCACUACGGUACGUGAAGGUUCACUUGAGUGCUACGGUAUUUUACAACUAUAUCUUUCGUUUGUCUUCAGGAGGGUUGUCGGAUGUAAGUAAUAGGUAAGUGUAAUUAGCAGUUUCUCGAAUGGAUUCGAUUCCAUGUGUGCAGAUGAACAUCGGAGCUGUCAAAGAGGUAAGGAUGAAGGUCACAGAGCCACAGAGAGAUCGAUUUGGCUCCCCAGGGGAAACGAAUCGAAUCUUGUUGAUUUCAAAUUCGAACAAUUCAAUCAAUGAGUAAAUUAUGAAGUCAGCAAAUCCCCAGGAGAAUCAAAUCUUGUUGAUUUCAA